AUGAAUUAUAAGACUCUUGCUUCUUUCAUGUUUUAAUUUAACUUGUUGAUCAGUGAAAAAAAGUGAUUUCAUACAUUGAAUCGAUAUCUUUGAUCAAAAUCACUCUUCCAAAAAUCUUCCAAGUCAUCAGAUGUAUUCUGGACAUUUCAACAAAUCAAAUCAACUGAAUACUUUCAAUGUUUAUGCAGAAGCCCGUAGCUUAUUGAAUGAAUGGAUGAUUAAAAAUACUUUGGACAUUGAAGAUUUAGAUAGCGGGACUGAUGAUUUUAAGCCAAUUACUCCUAGUCGAAAAGAAAUUAAAAGAGAAUGGGACCAUCUAUUUAAAGAUAACAAUCUGAAGAAUGACUUUUCAGAUGACUAUGAAGUUGAUAAUCACUUGAAAAAUAAUCACUAUACAGAACAUAAUUCUAAAGACUUAGAUUUACCCCACAUUGAUUAUACACGCCAACGUCAGUCUACAUUGGAAAAAAUUCUCUUACGUCAAGAAGAGGCUAAAGCACGACGUGAACUACGACAAAAAGAAUUAGAAUCUCGUCGUAUUCUUGAAGCUACUAAUCGUCAAAUAAAAGCACAAAUUUUGUACAAAGCAAAACAGGACGAAAAAAUGAGGCAAGCAGAAGAAAGACGGGAAGAAGAACUAAUUAACCAGGAGAUGGUUCGAAUUCGCAAAGAAUUAGAAGAAGAAAAACAGGCAGCGAAAAACUACAGAAAUUCUGGCAUUUCAAAGGAAUUUGUUACUGGUCCUAUGUGCGCUGUUCCUCAAUUAAAUUUAUCAUGUCUUUCUGUUAAUUCUGAUGAUGACAAUAAAUCAUUUACUACGACUGGGCGUGCUGAAUCUAAUGAGGCUAUAAAUGAGAAGUACUUAAUGAAAUCGACAUUCAAUGCAUGGUAUAAUGUAAUUUAUAAUAUAAAAAUUCAAUUUACAAUGUUACAGGCAAAAAAUGAAUUUCAUUUAAAAAAAACUUAUUUUCAUUAUUGGAAAUUAAAAAUUCACCAAAUUAAUUAUAAUCGUGAUAUUGAAAAGGCUAAAAUAGAUUCCAUAGAAAUAAUAAAAAAAGAAUAUAAAGCUAAACAGUUUCAUGAAAAUUUCUUAUUGAAACAAUGUUUUACACGUUGGAGUUGUACAAUACGAAUGGAGAAAUCAACUCGUGAUCAGUUAGAAAAAGAAUCAUUCAGACGUGAAAAAGAAAUCGAAUUUCUCAAUCAUUUAGAUACUUUAUUGAACAAUCAUCAAACAAAAACAUUAACAUCUGAUAAUGAUAAUACUACUACUACUAAUAAUAAUAGUAAUAAUAAUAAUAAUAAUAAUAAUAAUAAUAAUAAUAAUCGAAAUAAUGAAACUUUACCACUUGGUAAUCGUAUAUGUUUAACUGAUAGAAAAUCACAAAAAUCAAAGACUGUAAAUACCAACAAAGUGUGUUUGAAAUCAGCGAAUUCAUCUCUUUCAGUUGAAGACUUGAUAUCGGGUGAUUUUACUCUGGAUCAUUACAAAAGUGAUAAAAAAAUCAAUCGAAUACUAUCCGCUCAAUCAAGUGUAAUGAAACCAAUUUUAAAUCAAACUAUUAUACAACAACGUAAUAUUAUUGCUGCACAAAAUCGUGAAAUUAAUGCAUUAAAAGCAGCUCAUCGUUAUUCUGAAUGGUUAUUAGAAGCACGAGCACAUAAAUUAGCUAAAAAUAUAAUAGAAAAAACUAAUACAAAAAUCAAUGAAGCUGAUAAAUCUUCCCCUGAAUUGAAUGAAUCACCAGUGCACGUUGAAAACGGUAAAGAUGAUCAAGUUCAUUCUCAACUAAUAUCAAACGAAAUGAAAAGUCCCAUUAAUGAUAAUCAUUUAAUGACAAAUGAUUUAUCAGGAUCAAUUCCUUUAAAAACUAUAUCGAUUAAUAAAAAAAACUCAUUUAUUCAAAAAAUGGAAGAAAGAGCAGCUGAACGUGCUCGUCGACGUGCAUUACAAGAAGAAAGAAGACGUGAAAAUGAACAAAAGAAAAAAGAACAGUUAGCUAAACAGUUAGAAGAAGAGGCUAACAGAAUCAAACAAGAAAAGAUAAUGUUGAAGAAUGAACAAAAAGAAAAGAAGAUACGUGAAGAAGAGUUAAAACAACAAAAAGAAUUAAAAUUAGCUUAUCAACGUGAAUUGAACUUAAAAGUUACUAUGCAUAGAAAUAUUUCGUGUUUACGUUAUUAUGGUCUUAAACCAUGGAUAAACUAUGUAUUAAAACAACAUGAAUUAAUUCAGAUGGCUGAUUGUUAUGAAAAAAAAACAAUGAUGAGAAAUACAUUUCACACUUGGUUACUACAUUUAAAAAGUAAAUAUGAACAAGAAACUAAAUUUGUUCAAUGUCAUUACAAUGUAUUUCUAAUGAAAAAAACUAUAAAAGCACUGCAGAAGGCUUGUGAAAUACGUAAAGAGAAUGCGACUUUUGCUAACAAAUGGUAUCAUAAACAGCUUCUACGAAGUAGUUUUUCAUUUUGGGUUCAGUACGUAACUGAUCUUUACAUUCAAGAAUGGCAACAAGAGGAAACUGCUUUGGAACAUUAUAACAGGCAUCUGUUGUAUAUUUAUUUUAAAAUUUGGAUUGAUUUUCCAAAUCAACAACGUGCACAACGUCAACGAGAAUAUCGUCGUGAACAAUUUCGUAAAUGUCUACUUGAUAUUAUACCUGAUUUUAAUCCACCUAAACAAGAUAUCAAUGAAAUGGACUAA